GGCGGUGGCCGCGGCUCGGCCCCGGCCUCUGUCUGCCUCGGCGGGCGAAGAGUUACGGGAGCCGGGCGGGGCGGCGCUCUGCAGCGGGGCUGGCCCGGGGCUGGGCCUCGCCCCGCCCGCCGAGUUCUGGGGCUGCGGGCGGCGUUGGGAUGCCGGGCCGAGAGGCGGAGAUGCAUCCAGUCCUAAAGGCCUUUGUGUGCGGCUCCAUCAGUGGCACUUGUUCCACGCUCCUCUUCCAGCCCCUUGACCUGCUGAAAACCCGCCUGCAAACUCUGCAGCCUGCUGUGAAUGGGUCUGGUCGUGCUGGGAUGGUAACGCUGCUCUUUAGGGUUGUUCGUACUGAGAGUAUUCUGGGGCUCUGGAAAGGUGUCUCUCCAUCCUUUGCAAGAUGUAUUCCUGGGGUUGGGAUUUACUUCAGUACUUUGUACAUGAUGAAGCAAAAGGUUUUUGUGGACCGUUCGCCCACAGCCCUGGAGUCUGUCUUUCUGGGUGCCACUGCUCGUGCAGUUUCUGGGAUUUGCAUGUUGCCAGUGACUGUAGUGAAGACCCGAUAUGAGAGUGGAAGAUUUGGCUAUGGGAGUGUGUAUGGAGCCCUGAAGAGUAUCUAUCAGACUGAAGGGGUUCGUGGCAUGUUCAGUGGGCUCACGGCAACGGUGCUGCGGGAUGCGCCCUUCUCUGGCAUCUACCUGAUGUUCUACACACAGACCAAAAACCUCACACCUCAGGACCAGCUGGAUCCAGUGCUCAUGCCCUUGCUGAAUUUUGGCUGUGGGAUCUUUGCGGGAAUCUUGGCCUCUCUGGCAACACAACCUGCUGAUGUCAUCAAGACACACAUGCAGCUGUCACCCCAAAAGUACCACAGGACAAGCCAGGCCAUUGCCUUUAUCUACAAGGAUUUCGGGCUGGUUGGCUUUUUCCGAGGCGGUGUGCCCCGAGUCCUCAGGCGCACCCUGAUGGCAGCAAUGGCAUGGACUGUGUAUGAACAGAUGAUGGAAAAAAUGGGCUUGAAGUCCUGAAUGAGCUGCAUGAGAAAGGACCAACUUCACUCCUUCUCCCGCUUGCUGUGAUCAACUGGCACUGAGAAGUUCCCAGUUCCACAGAGGAAUAAGCCUUCCUCAGCCAGGAGGAAGAAAGCUCUUCUGAGACAGGGGAUUAGGCCUUUUGGGAAGUAGAGGAAAGGAAGGAUUGGAUCUUGGCAUUGUUCGAUCAAUGCAUUCCAGAUGGACUGCACUAGCAGAGUGCCAUGGGAAAUGGCAGGGUUUUCACAGCCUGGUUACUAUGCUGAGAAGCCCCUUUUGAAAAUAACUCUGUCCUCACCACCUUUAUGCAAUGGGAUAGUAUUAAAGCACAAGUGUUUGAGGAGAAAAUGGUGAUGGCAGAAACUGCCAGCCUGUUUCUUGCUGUUGUGGUCAGAAAGGCCACAGUGACCACCAUCUGAUGUAGAUCCUCCUUCCUCAUAUGCUUUAUUCUCAUAGGAGAACACUAGGCCCUGGUGGGAAACUGGAUGCGUCUCGUAAUGCUUAUAUUGCAGGAGCGGGUGGAAGAGAAAUGAAGUGCAGAGGAAAAGCUACAAACUUGGUCUCUGCCACCACUUUUGGACUGUGAGUGAUAGCAGAGAACGUAACUGGAACUGCCUUGCUGUGUUACAUGUUAUUAUGUGAUAGAGCAUCUUAACACUCUUGAGAUGUCCUUCUUCCUCUACAGCAGAGUUUGCACAGGAAUUAAGAAGCAUAAGGCACUUUAGAAUUGAUUGCUACCAAAGUUCUACUUGUUCUCUGAAGAAAAAAAAAAAAAAAAAUGCUGCUGGUCUAACUAUAGAAGGAGCACUCAAGUGGGUUUUGUUGGGGUUUUUUAUGCAGUGGUCAUAGAGACUUACUUGCUUCCUAUUCCUUAUUUGUUAAUCCCUGAUCAACACUCAGUGUGAACUGGUCCUUAGAUGUAGCUUUUAGGGCCAUGGCUCAUAAUGCAUAAAUGUAUAAUGGAAACAGAUACAGAUACUGGCACUUCAGAUUUCCCCUAAAGCAUCGCUGAUUGCAUGUGGAGUAUGUUUUGAUUUGGAAAGAAAAGCUUGCUAUUUCUGUAAGCUUUCUCUGAAGUUUGAGCCCUAUGGGUGCUUGGUAGUGACCUUUAAUUCCCUUAGGGCUCUACACAGACUUCACAUUUUCCUGGCUGAUUCUUUUCUCUUAUCAGGUAGUCAUGUUUGAGUAUGCCUGAGUUUAAAUACACUUUUCAUCCUCUGUGCCUUCUUACUCUUUCCUACUGUGUUAAUCAGACCCCACAGUGUGUACCAGGUACAGCCUGCUCCCCUUUUCACUUGUGCCUCUGUGAUGGGUUUGGUCCCUUGCAGCUCUGUUAGCAUAGCCAUGAAGCUGGCAUGGAAGUGUGCAUCCUGUUCUGUAGUGUGCCUUGCAGAAAACUUAACUUUGGCUUUUAUUUUCUUAAAUAUUUAGGGAUAUUGCAAUUCACUUUAGAACCAGAGCACCUGUCUCUAAAUACGAAGAUAGGACGCUGUAGCUGUGUGAACAACCAGUGCUACCUACCUGUUGAUCAUAAAUUUUAGUGUGUAUUUUGGACAAUCACUGCCUGCCCAGGCAACUUCCUGAGCACAAGAGCAGAGGAGAUUUGGGUUGUUAAAGGUGCUCUUUACCAGAUUUCAACUCCAGGAAGGCUUGAUGACUGAUGUAAAAGUUGAAUGAAAUGUAAGAGGACAGGCUGGAGGCUUGGAAAGUGCUGCUUGUUUUCAGACUCAGCCCAUCUGUGAGGGGGAGGCUGGUGCUCUGCAGUGCAGGAGUCCCCAAGAAUGGUGGUGGAGGGUUCUGUGUGAACAUGUCUACAUGCUAGCAAUAGAGCCCUGCAUCAAGUUAGGCAUGUGGCACAUUAUUUGCUAAGUCCUAAACCUGAACACCUGUUCCUUUCUUUUGCUGUUCCUUCUGCCCUUAGAGAGCAGAACUUGAGAGUGCAUGAAACCAUGGUAACUGCACAUCCUGCUUGUUUGCUAUCCUGAGCACUAUUGGCACAGAGCUGGAGAACCAAGUCUAGGAUUGCUGACCUGGCAGAAUAAGGUGGCAAUUAGAUGAGUUACCUCAUUUGUUCUUUAUUCCCCUAUGUAUGGAAUCAAACCAAUGUUGUGCUGGGAUCCUGAGUUUAUUUGGGGCUUUAUAAAUCUGGCAUGUGAGUUGGAUCUGUUGAUCAUCCUGGGCUGUGGUAGCCAAGGGCAGUGUGUGUGGACACCUGCAAGGUGCUUCACACAUACUUUGUUCUGGAUUUAAUGGUGGCAAAGCAAUGUGCAACUUGUACAGACAGAAACUUAAACUCUUAAAAUGAGGCAGGCAAGCAAAGAAUGUGAGGUAAUCUGGACUUCAGUAAGGUCCUCACUGAAACCUGAAUUUCAGGAACACUUUGGUAGCUUUUAUGUCCAUGUACUCCUACCUGGUCAAGUAACAAAGGAAUAAGUAGAGAAUUUAUUCCUAUGUGCUAAUGUUUUAAGGUCUACUGUGGAGUUGUUUGUUUGUUUGUUUGAAAUCUGGAAUUAAGCCUAAAGCUUUUUCUUUGGGAAAGUUUUUCCAUUUGGCUUUGGUCCUUUGUUAUUGGAGUGAAAAACUGCAUGGCUUUUGGCUUGUGGAUUAACCUGGGCUCCUCUGAGUUUAAGAAAGAGAGAAUCUAAACUGCACUGUGUUUCAUCUACCAUUAGUGCUGCAAAUCCAAAAGCUUAUCUACUGGUGACUUGUGAAGAAUGAAUUCUGUGGUGCAAGCUUGUUCCAUGUUUCUCUUUGUUAUUUAUUUUGUCAGGUGUCAUAUAUGGGAGAAGGGAAAGCCUGAAGUUCUGCCUCACCCUGUUCUGAAAGCUUUAUCACAUGGUCAGGCAUAAGACUGUUUCUUAGCUCUGAUCUUUACUGUCCUUCACCCUUUUCCCCUCUUCAAAAACAUUCUGUUUCUGAAGCGAUUUAUUGAAGUUACUCCUUGAUAGCUAGAGCAAGUCAAGACAAUCAAGUGCAUGAACUUGAAGUUUAGAUAUAUUCCCCUUGAGGUUUAAUGCUUCUACUUAACAACAAAUUGUCACCAUUCAGCCUAAAGGUGAACUAAAUCAAAUAAAAGAUCUGGACAGAGUUGCUUAAUCACCUACCUGCAUCAUGCCAGCAAUUCAACACAAACAAUCUUGCCAGAUAAUCAUUUCCAAAGCCAUCUUUGCUUGGAUUCCAGAGGCAUUGGUGUGCUCCCUCUGUGCGCUUUGAGAUCACAGUUGGAUCCCUCUUGGAUUGACCUCUGUUGCUGUCAAUGCUCUUUUAGUGAUUGUGCACUGUUGUUGCUUAUCCCUGCAGCUGUGGCUAAGAACACAGUUGGCUGGCAUGUUGAGGCAGGCAGUAUGUAAGUGAAUUGUAAGGAGACAAGAGAAAUAGUCUGAUUAUUCAUGCUUUAGAAACUUUAUGUUUCCACUCUUCCUGUGUGAUGAUUUGUUUGGGUGUUUUUUUUUUUUCUCUCAGUGUCUUAAACAGAACUGGAGCUUUUGAACAUUGCAUAGCUUUGAGCUUUGUGAGUGCUUAUGUGUCUAUAUAAAAUAUUUAUUUGAAAAGGUGUAUUAUACGUUUCUAUUAAAAACUGGUUGCUAAAAUGAAGGAUGUAAUCUCUUCAGCGUUUCUUUAAAAAAACCCAAACAAACAAGCCCCAAACCGAUGAAAUGCACAAGGGAUUGGAUGGAAUAAAGGCUUAAGAAGGCAAAAGGAGUUUCCGAAGAAGACAGGACGGUUACAUGUGUUCAGAGCCCAUAAAAGGGACGGAAUAUUCUCUUUUUUGAUGGUGUAUAAUAUGCACAGGUUGUGUACAACCUAAAUCAACUUUGCUUAAAAGGAAAAAACACAUAGCACUGGGGAAUAUUGUGUUUUACACAGCUUCCUCUGCCUGCCUGCUGUGUGUAAGGACAGAUGGCUGUUGAAUCCUGUACUAGUUGGUUAAAUACCUGCCUUCAGGUCAAUGAAGUUUUAAGCUCUCUGUUUUCAGUCUCCUGCUGAUCAGGUUUUUGCUACUCAGGCAAUCUGAUCUCAGCAGGGGACCAGAAAUUGUAACUGGGACACAAUUGUCUCCUGCAAGGUAUAAUGCAAGGGGAUGCUGGAUUGCUGGGAUCUCUUGCUGUCGCAGUAUGGUCCUGGGAUUUGGUAGCAAGCAGGUUGUGCUAAGCAAAAUGUUGUUGAUGCUGAGAUGUGCAUCUUCCAGAUGUGAAGAUCCCAAGCCUCUUCUCUUUUUUUGCUUAGAUGAUACAUUCUCACAUGGAGGAAUUUUCAUGGAGGGUUAUCUGUGUAUAACAGACCUACCAGACAGUGCUGAGGUGCAGCCUUGUGGCAGCUGAACCUGAAUUGCUCGUGCAGGUUCCUGAUAGCAAGUUAGGCCUGGGAUAGUGCCUGCUCCUGCACACAGGGCUCCCCAGAGCUCUCCUGCUGCCUUGAAGAAUCAUCUCUUGUGUAGUGGGUGUUGCUGUCCAUGCUGCUGAUAGCUGCCCCAGCUGUGAGAAGAGAUAGCAGACAAGCUCCCUAGCCCUUCUGGGUGGCAGGUGGGGAAGAUUGAAAAUCUAAAGGCACUGUGGCUGUAACAAAACACUGAAUUACAGGUCUCCCUUCCUCAUUAACAAUGGGAAAACAUUUUGCGUGCUUUUUCAGUUCUUAAUGAGUUUUGUGCCACACAAGCACUGACGCCAGAAUUGAGCAGAAGAGAUUCCUCAUCCCACACAGACACAUAUAUAUGCGUGCUUUUGUGAGCUCCAUGUGGGUUUCUUGAAUAUACUUAUCCCUUCUGGCUUUGGUGCUUAUUUCAAAAUAGCAAGCUGAUUUUCCUCAUUGCAGUUUCUUAAUUUGUGAUUUUAUCAACGUAAAAUGCUUUAGGAGUUUUUAUCAUAAUGCAUUAAGGAGUUUUAAUAAAAAUCCCAGCAAGA